UCGCAAGGAGCUCUGGGCAGUUCUGGGAAAGUGUGGAGCUGAUUUGCAGCAGCAGCAGCAGGUGAGGGUUGACUAUGGUCUUAAAGGAGAUUUCAAGCAACAAGUGUUUUGAGGGAUUCCAAAAGGUGUUUGAACAUGACAGCACUGAACUGAAAUGCAAGAUGAAGUUUGGAAUUUAUUUGCCUCAGAAAGCUGAAAGCACAAAAUGUGCAUUUAUUUACUGGCUUUUAGGAUUAACAUGUACAGAGCAAAACUUUAUCACAAAAGCAGCUUUUCAUCAAGCUGCCUCUGAGCAUGGACUUAUCAUAGUAGCACCAGAUACCAGCCCACGUGGCUGCAACAUAGAUGGAGAAGAGGAGAGCUGGGAUUUUGGGACAGGAGCUGGAUUCUAUGUCAAUGCCACUGAAGAUCUUUGGAAAACAAACUACAGAAUGUAUUCAUACAUAGUAGAUGAGCUUCCUCGUCUUAUAAAUGGUAAUUUCCCAACGGAUCCAGAUCGGGUUUCCAUUUUUGGCCAUUCCAUGGGAGGGCAUGGUGUAUUAAUCUGUGCGCUGAAAAACCCAGGGAAAUAUAAGACUGUGUCAGCAUUCGCACCCAUCUGUAGUCCUACUCGGUGUCCAUGGGGCCAAAAAGCAUUCAGUGGCUACCUGGGACCAGACACCAGCAAAUGGGAGGCAUAUGAUGCAACCCAACUGGUGAAGAAUUACUCUGGCUCAAAGCUAGAUAUAUUAAUAGAUCAAGGAAAAGAUGACCAGUUCCUCGCUGCCGGCCAGUUACUGCCAGACAAUUUUAUUGCCGCUUGCACCGAGCGCAACAUCCCUGUUGUUUUUAGGCUGCAAGAGGGAUACGAUCACUGCUACUUUUUUAUCACCACUUUCAUAAAUGAUCACAUCAAGCACCAUGUGAAAUACCUUCAUGUCUGAGAUGGGGGAAUGAUAAAACACCAGGUCAAGGUUUGCAUUGAAAACAGAACAGCCGGGCUGCAGUUAAAAUCUGCCAUGCAAUUAAAUUGCCAUUUAGUACAA